ACCUCAUACGACCUCACGACCCACCCCCGAAAAUUGAUUGUAAAAUAUAUUUACCGUCUAAAACGUGUGAUGAUCUAAGCAACUCAGUGUAUUCCCAUUUGUUGAAGGUGUUUCUUGGAUGGCUUCCUUUCCUUAUGGAACAUAACUUUAUCCGGGGAAAAAAAAAUCUCACGCGUCGCAGCCGCCUCGGGUCAAGAAGAGUCGUAGUCACUCAGAGAGAGUCGGUCGGGUCGGGGCAAAGCAAAACCCAAACCCGAAUUCGUUUCGUGUGUAUAUAUACCCGUACCAAGAGGGAAAGAGUUGAUAAACGAACCCACAAACACAAACGUCAGAAACCUACCUUCUUCUUCUUUGCCUCUCCUCCUCCAUUUUCCCAGCUCAACUAGAUUUCCCGGCCGGCGGUUUCUCUUUGUCUCCGUUCAGAUAUAAUUCAACUCCUCCGGCGCCAAGAUGACUCAGAACGAUCACCACUCAGCCACCUCCGCAUCAUCAUACCCUCAACUACCACAAUCAAGCGGGUCGUACACCGUCGGAGCCCCGCCGCCGAUCGGGUACCCGACCCGUGACUCCGCCGCCCACGUCGACGGUGCCGUUCCGGUCGAGACCAAGUCCAGGGGCGAUGGCUUCUGGAAGGGCUGCUGUGCAGCAUUGUGCUGCUGCUGUGUGCUGGACGCGUGUUUCUGAGGAGCCGUGACGGAAGAAGUAACUCUUGCUGGCUAGUAUUCUUCCUCGCCGUCAUCGUCAUGGACCUGAUCGUCAAUAUUUUAUUGUUUUGGUGUUAAACUUUUGUUAUAACAUUGCGUGACGUGUUUUUUUUUUAUUUAAUGAUUUACGUAAAAUAAACGAUGUUGUUUAAG